AUGCACUUCCCUCAUCUCCAGCUGAAGAUCUAUCAGAACAGCGAGAAGCUGACAAGAGAAGGGCGGGGGCAGCAGCCGGGCCGCGCAGGCGCGUUGAGGCGCACUGGAGUGUGUGUGUGUGGGGGGGGUGUGGCCGCCGGCUUUCCCGCGCAAACGCUCCCCCCUCACAGCACCGCCGCCCCCCCACCUCCCUCAGGGAGCGCCGCCGCCGCCGAGGCUUCGCCCGCUGCCUGCCGAGGAGCGGCCGUGGCGGCCGCACGGCCCCGGAACGGGAAGCGCUGCGGGGGCCGAGCGGAGGCAGCGAGCAAGAAGAACCGCCCCCCACCGUCUCCCCACAUACACACCUUACCCGGGGCCGACCCCGCGCGCCGCCGCCUCGCGCCCCCCCUCCCUUUAUGGCCGCCCCUCACCCGCCCCCCUCACGGCCUCGGCCAUGGCCGGGCCCUCCCGGAGAACGGCAGCGGCGCCGGGAAGAGGAGGAGGAGGAAGAGGAGGAGCCGCACGGGUUCAAGAGCUCGGGCUCCAAGAGGCGCAAUAAGCGAUUGUGUUAUGAGUCUUGGCAGCGCCAGAUCCGUGAGGAGAGGCUGGUGCAGACAGCAGAGCACAGGGCUGCACCUCUUUAACUCACCUCAGGUUAUGUUAAUUGUGGAUCACACCAUCACUUGAAGAAAGAGGGCAUGAGUUCAGGACCUGCGUUUUCCUGGGCUGCUGUGUGACCUUGGGUAAAGCAGUUCACUUUACACAGCUGGAUUUUGACUGUCGUUGGAAUGGAAAUAAAGAUACCUUUUUUUCAAGCAUUGAGUAAGAGCCUCAAUGCAUUGCUGUGGAUUAAUCCUUUGCAGUCUGUUCUCUUCCCCACUUCUUUUUGAAAACAAGGUCAAGAUGCUUCGAGAUCACAGGAGAAAAAACUCGUGUGAGUUUUACUUAUUUUACAUGUAAGAGGAAGCCUUACCUAGACCUUGCCCACUGAGAGUUGUAAUUUAUCAAAGGAAGAAGAUAGCUGUAGGCUUGUCAGUGCAUUGAACUGAACCAUAUUGGGAGGGUAGGAGGAAGCUCAAGAAGAUUUUCGAGCACUAAGCAUAAAAAUUAAUGACAAUGUAAAACCCAUGUGAAAAGGAAGAAAAGUGUUUACAUUUUUCUGUUUCCAGAUACAAAUAACUGCAUCCAGUAACCCUUACAGUCAUACAUGCAGUACGUGGCUAUGCAAUUAAAAAUAAUUUGAGAUGAGGCUAAAUAUGCAUAAGAGUUUUUGAAUAUGUUCCCAGUUUGUUAGAGUUCAACAUCUAAUAAUUGCUGUGAGAUAAGAACACGAGCAUGUGGGAGGUCUUUCAAGGGAAAAAAAGGUCUUUGUGUGAGGCAAAUUUUCAACAUUGGGAGAACUCACUCUGUUUACAACAUUUUUCUGUUUAUAAACAAUGUUCUCCUGGAGGAAACAGGAGUGCUGGAGAUGUGUGAGAGAGAACAUCAAAGAUUUUCACAGUGUAACACUUUUUAAGUCAGUCAUAGAUGUCUGAAUUUUAAUACUGAUUUUCCUGCUGUUGUGAUUUUUAAUAAUCUCACCAUAAACUCACAUUCCACUCUUUAUUUCUCCAGUGGAUACAGCCUGUCCUUAACCUAAACAUUAAUUAACAGCAUUACAUGGAUACUUUUUGUUGUUUCAAACGUUUCUGGAAGAUUUGGAGUCACUUUGCGACACAAUAAAGAAUUU